AGUAUUCAUGAGAAAGUACGUAAGGGAAUGAGCAAAAGCAACCAAUAGCCGUUACUAGACUUUGUACUCUGGUCGAAACGCACGUGCAACAUCGGCCGAGUGGAGUAGUACGACGACGGACACCGUAAAGAAAAAUAAUUUCUUAUUUGGUGCGGUCCUGGUUCAAGAAAAGGUGUGUGGUGUUCGUUUGAUCGGAAAAUUAGAAAAUUAUGGGUCUUGGCUCGCAGGUGGAGACGACCGGUGAUAACGGGACGGAAAAGAUCCCCUUAGUAAACGGGAACGGAAAGGAAGAAUCGACCGCAAAGGAUUUGAUUCAAAACGGAGAAAGCAGCGCCUCUGCUCUGAAUGAGAACGUAGUUGAAAAAGGUGAAGUAGAGGCAACCAAAGAAGGCGAAAAAGAAAAAUCUCAGGAAAAUGAUAGCAAGGAUGAGAAAAGCGAAAAACAAGGAGAGAAGGAAAAGGAUGGUGGUAAUGAACAAGAAGUCGUCUUUAUCCAGGACAUGGGAUUCACCGUGAAAAUUGUCAGUCCAGGAAAUGAACCUUUCGACAUUCAAGUUUCCAGUAUGGAACUUGUUCAGGAGAUUCAUCAGCUCCUCAUGGAUCGCGAGGACACCUGCCAUCGGACUUGCUUCUCUCUUCAGUUGGAUGGAAACACACUGGAUAAUUUUGCAGAGCUGAAGAAUAUCGAAGGGUUGAAGGAGGGGUCUGUGAUAAAGGUGGUCGAGGAACCCUAUACAAUGCGCGAAGCUCGUAUCCAUGUCAGGCACGUUCGCGAUCUCCUAAAAUCAGUUGAUCCCGGUGAUGCCUACAACGGCGUUGAAUGCGGCAGCUUGGCCUUCCUCAAUGUUGUUACAAACGGUGAUAUUAUGGAGAAAAAAAAAGCCCGACCUGACUCUGUUGACUGCACCCCACCAGACUACAUUAUACCAGGAAGCAAGGACAGGCCUUUGCUGCCCCUCCAACCCCAGGCAAAGGAGCAGAAGUGUCCACCUUGUUUAAAGGUUUUGACCACUUCUGGAUGGAAUCCACCGCCAGGCCACAGAAAACUUCAUGGGGAUCUUAUGUACCUACACGUCGUUACCUUGGAAGACAAACAGUAUCAUCUGACUGCUUGUGCUCGAGGUUUCUUUGUAAACCAAUCGUCUAAGGAAUCGUUCAACCCUAAACCUGCUACCCCUAGCCAUCUAUGUCACAGUCUCAUUGAGCUCUUGAAUCAACUAAGUCCUGCGUUCAAAAGGGGCUUCGCUGCAAUGCAAAGACGCAGAACGCAAAGGCAUCCUUUCGAAAGGGUUGCCACCCCUUAUCAAUUAUAUGCCUGGAGUGCGCCCCAAAUCGAACACACGAUCGACGCUAUACGCGCAGAAGAUACGUUUUCGUCAAAGUUGGGCUAUGAAGAACAUAUUCCCGGACAGACACGAGACUGGAAUGAGGAACUUCAGACAACGCGAGAAUUGCCCAGAAAGAAUCUGCCAGAAAGACUAUUGCGCGAACGCGCCAUCUUUAAAGUGCACAGUGACUUCGUAGCUGCAGCUACUCGCGGGGCAGUGGCAGUAAUCGAUGGAAAUGUGAUGGCCAUAAAUCCUGGUGAAGAAGCUAAAAUGCAAAUGUUUAUUUGGAACAAUAUUUUCUUUUCAUUGGGAUUCGAUGUACGGGAUCAUUACAAAGAACUCGGUGGAGACGCUGCGGCAUUUGUAGCGCCCCGAAAUGAUCUUCAGGGCGUCAGAGUCUAUGCUGCUGUAGAUUUGCCAGGAUUGUAUACGCUGGGAACCGUCGUCAUAGAUUACAGAGGGUAUCGUGUCACUGCACAGUCUAUUAUACCAGGUAUUUUAGAACGAGAGCAAGAACAGUCCGUCGUCUACGGUUCCAUUGAUUUCGGCAAGUCCGUCCUCACACACCCUAAAUAUUUGGAGUUAUUGAACAAAGCCGGACAACAACUCAAAAUUCUACCCCACAAGGUAAUAAACGAUGCCGGCGAAGAGAUCGAACUUUGCAGUAGCGUAGAAUGCAAAGGAAUAAUUGGUAACGAUUCAAGACAUUACGUUCUCGAUUUAUUGCGCACUUUCCCACCGGAUGUAAACUUCCUCAAAUUAGAAGGUGUUGAGCUAAGCAAGGAAGCAAGAGCUCUUGGUUUUCCAGUUGAGCACAAACAUCGGUUAGCUUGUCUCAGACAGGAAUUGAUAGACUCAUUUGUUGAAGCCAGAUAUGUUCAAUUUAUCAAACACGCUGCUGUUCAUUUGCAACAGCUCACAUCGGCACGAAGAUCGAACAAAGAUAAAGAAACCGUUGCUAAAGAGGAUAAGAAAGACGAGCCAGUUGUUCCAGCAAUCGAUAGCAACAAAGAAGAUUCAGUGCAGUCUAGUAUCGAGGCUGACGAAGCGAAGAAAAUAGUCGAGAGCAUAACAGAUUCUAUUACAGGUGGGCAAAAACAAGAGCUUGAAGAAGGAACUAAGGAAAUUGUCAGACGGGCUGCUGCGGCUGUUGGCAGCUUACGUGAUGCUGAAUUUGACGUUAGGUUCAACCCUGAUGUAUACUCUCCAGGAGUUAAACACCCAGACGAUGGUGGAGAUGCACUCAAGAAACAAAGGCAAUUGAUCAGAGAUGCUGCCGAUUUCCUUCUCACUGUGCAACUGCCUACCUUCAUUCGUGAAUGUUUGGACCACACAGCUGCAGCGAUGGAUGGUAGCACCUUGGUCGAAGCACUGCAUGGCAGAGGAAUCAACAUUCGAUACCUUGGAAAACUGGCGGCUAUGUUAGCUGCAGUUCCUCAGCUCAAAUAUCUCAACCGUAUCGCUGUCUCUGAGCUCAUUCUGCGUUCGGCAAAGCACAUCUUUACUUCUUACAUGCAGGGUACAGAGUUAAUGUGUCUUUCCGCAGCUAUUAGUCAUUUUCUCAACUGUCUGCUAUCAUCUGCUCAAUUAACACAUCCACAGCAGAGCGUUGAGGAAUUACAAAGCAAAACAGCUAAGCGACGCAAUAAACGAAAGGGCAGAGCCAACGGGCCUCAACAAUCUGAGGUUGAAUGGGCAUCAUUGACCCCUAAAUCCCUGUGGGCCCAGAUUAAAGCUGACUUGAAGGCAUAUUAUGACUGGGAAACUCCAGCUGCCGAGUCCUUAGAUGCUACCAUUGAGCAUUAUCAUUUACAGAAGAUUUCAUUACUCAGAGGUUUCUGCAUCAAAACCGGAAUUCAAAUUCUGCUUAGAGAAUACAAUUUCGAAAACAAAAAUCGAGCUACAUUCUUCGAGGAAGACAUUCUCAAUAUUUUCCCCGUUGUAAAACACAUCAACCCCAGGGCAAGCGAUGCUUACAAUUUUUACACAACAGGGCAGAGCAAAAUUCAGCAAGGUUAUUUGAAAGAUGGGUAUGAGUUGAUUAGCGAGGCUCUUAACUUAUUAAACAAUGUGUAUGGAGCGAUGCAUCCAGAGAUAGCCCAGUGUUUGAGAAUGCUGGCAAGACUAAAUUAUAUAAUGGGAGAUCACGCCGAAGCUCUAUCUACCCAACAGAAGGCUGUUCUUAUGUCUGAACGAGUAAAUGGUAUCGAUCACCCAUAUACUAUCACAGAAUACAUUCAUCUCGCGCUGUAUUCAUUCGCAAAUGGUCAGGUUUCAGUAUCCUUGCGACUUUUGUACAGAGCUCGUUAUCUCGCUUUAAUGGUAUGUGGAGAAGAUCACCCUGAAGUAGCUCUCCUCGACAGUAAUAUUUCUCUGAUUUUGCAUGCUGUGGGUGAAUACGAAUUGUCUUUACGAUUCCUGGAACAUGCCCUGGCUCUAAACCUACGUUAUCACGGCCCACGUUCUCUAAAAGUUGCAGUUUCUUAUCAUUUGGUAGCUAGAACUCAAUCUUGUAUGGGUGAUUUCCGAGCCGCUUUGAACAACGAAAAAGAAACCUAUGCAAUUUAUAAACAGCAGCUUGGAGAGGAACACGAGAAGACAAAGGAGAGCAGCGACUGUUUAAGGCACUUGACGCAGCAGGCUGUUGUUUUACAGAAAAAAAUGAACGAAAUUUAUACUGGUAAACCCGGUGUAAGCUUACCUCCCAUACAAAUCCAGCCCCCCAGCAUGGGGUCGGUUUUAGAUAUGUUAAAUGUGAUUAACGGAAUCUUAUUUGUUCAAAUAAGUCAACUAGAUAUUGAGAACUUUAAAGCAGAGAUUGAAAAACGUCAAAAGGAGCAGACACCAGAUGGUGAAGUGAAAAUGCUGGAAAUGAAUGGUAAAAGUGAUGAGAAGACUGUAAAUAAAAUCAGCGAUAAAAUAACGGAGAUUGAAAAUAGCGAGACAAAACAGGUAAAUGGUACUGAAUUUAAACCAGACCCUGUUGCAGCAGAGAGCUGAGCUUCUUGAAAAAGAAGUGAAGAUCGAGUCUGUUUGACACUUCCAGUCUUUACAUCCAAAACGAUCAUUUGAAGGAGAUAUCGCAUCAGUAGAAUUUUUAAGCAUAUAGUGCGGAUAAGCUAGUAGAUCUGGUUGAAAAAAAUUGCGGUCACAAUGCUGCAGCCAUCUUAUUAUUUUGCAUUGUGAAGAACAUUGACCUGGAAAACUCGCCCAAACUCGCUCAACUACAAAUGGAACUUGAUGUUUUUGGUCCGAAUGAGAAGCUACAGUAAUUAAUAAAGAAAUAUACAGAUCUCGUGUAAAUACAUGUUAUUGUCAAUUUUAACGUUUGAGCUUUAUAUCACCGUAUUAAUAUCCAGUUUCUACAAACCUAGCCACAGUCUGCAAAUGUGUAAAGCGUUAGUGAGGUGUUUCACUGCUGAACGUAAAUAGGGUCACUCCAUUGAAUCAAAUUCGUUCAUCUCAAAGAGUGAGUCAUUUAGUUUGGUCAACGACAGGUACUUUUUAAUUACGUAUAAUGACUGUAAUUUAUACGUAGAUAGAAAAGUAGUUUUCGCGAUUGCAUAUUUAAAUUUACACCAGUUUCUAAACAAACUUUUAGUUCUCUGUAAUUUUUCGAUUUAUAGAUGAAGUAUCGUAGUCAGUUAUGAGCUUGUAGAAAUUGCUUUACACAGAAUCUAGUUGAUAACCUUUGUUAUGAUAACUGAUUGUGAGUAGUAAUUUUUAAUUUGUUCAAUAUCAAAGAUAAAAUGUCAUAUUUCGUGUAAUGAACAGGCGGUAUUUUUUAAUGUAAGAAUAUUAGAAACAACGGUGCACAUAUUAUGGUCAUGAAAAUCGCCAAUAAUCCUUGGUUUCAUUAUGGCACCUACAGACACCGUAUUUGAAAGCUUGCAAUAAUAGAAAUAAGCAUUUUAAGACAAGCAAAAGAUGAGAGUGAUUAAAGUAGUGUAGUGAAAAACCCUAGCAUGAUGUUGUCAUUGAAUAUAAUUAAACAUUACAUGUAAAUGUAACUGCGAUACGUUAGAUCAAAUUUAUAAAAAUAGCGUACUCCGAAUACCAUUAAUUAGGACAUACAUAUUUAAUCAUAAGUGAUGGUAGUCAUGCAAUUUUUGAGAUUCUUUGCUACCACUUUUUUCUUCAUAUUAUUUUUUCAGUUUGAGUUUUUUUUUUUUUUGUAGCUGAAUUGGAAUUGCAUAAAUCCCAAGAUACUACUUAUCGUGAGCUCUCCUGUCAUGCAAAAUACACCAGCAACUUUAGCAACAAACGCUAUAUCGCUCUUUACUUUUUCAUAUUUUUCUAGACUUAUAUUUGUAUUUUUUUUUCGCGUUUUACGAAUGCGAAAUUCUUUUUCUCCGUCUAAGAAGUAUUAAAUUCAGGCAACUCUCAGCAAGGCUUCCAAUUAUCGAAUCUAGAUAUACGUACAUAUUUCUUGAACAUCACAUGCAUUUUUCAAGCUUGAUCAUUUGUCUCAGAAAAAUUGUUAUUUUCAUCAUCAUGAAAAUUAAGCAAAUGAAUGUACAAAGCAGUUUGGAUGAUUAUCACUUUGAUGUUUGAAGUGAUGAGCACUAGGUGAACGAAAGAUACCGAAGCGUUUAUGUUUCCCGUAAAACUAAUGCCAAAAUGAGGAGAAGCUAACUUCACUCGUUAGUCUGUUUUUGUUAGAUUUUAGUAUAAUAUUAUAUCGCACUUGUUAGGAACAUUGAACAAUGAAAAACUGAUAGUCGGUAAGGAUAAACAUAAAAUACCUGAUAUAUAUUAUCUGUUAUGUAAUUUGGUAAAAUCAUCACAUGAAUAAACCAUUUUAUAUGAAA